GGGCUUCAAAUAAUCAGUUUUAUGGGCUUUUUGAGAGAUAGAAAGCCCAUUAAUCUAACCAUAAAUUUCAGUAAUUUUACUCAUUUUCAUGUUUUUUUUUCAGGUUCUAGAUCAAUUUCCUUGAGGACUCUCGAAGAUUACAAGAUGGGGUUCAUAAUGGAAUUUGCGGAGAAUUUGGUGUUGCGAUUGAUGGAGGAUCCAAACGAGAGAGACAGGAAAGCGAGGGAGAGAUUGUACGAGCGGAAGGAGCAGUGCAAGAAGACUCUGGAGAUGCAUCGGUUGCCCCUGCGCCCCUAUGGCUUCUGGACAUUUGAGCGCCACAACGCUCAGAUCUUCUGGGAUGAGCAGAUUAGCAAUGUCCAAGGCCGCCGUGACCCUUACGACGAGCUCAUUGAGGAAUACUCCAAAUAAAUUGGUUUGCUCCUCAAUUUUUCUAUUAUAGCUUAAUUCCAAAUUUUCACACUUGCAUUGUUUGUGUGUUUAUAUACUUUAUAUCUGUGGCUCUUUAGGAAUAAAAUGAUGAUAGGUUUCUGAGUUACUGUAGUCCAUGAGAGAGGCUAAUAGAUAAUUAUAUUUCCUUAGCUCAAAACAGGCUAUAGAGGAUUUCUGUUGGGAUGAAGAUUAAGAAUUAAAAUGCAAGUGUGUGCGCGCGCUUUACUAACAUUUUAAGGUUGUGUUAUACUAGAUGGGUUGUUAUUUAUUGGAUGUGUUUACUACUUUACUUCAUGACAUAAAAGCUUGUUCCAACUGUAUCACGCCAUCUAUGAGUUCAAUAUAAGAUUCUGUUCUUGGCCUCCA